AUUCCAUGGAAACCCUCCAAGAAGCUCUUCUGUCCAUUUCUGUGAUUGGGCAUCACCCAAGUUGCUCGCAGGCGACUUUUGAAAUUCUUGACUUUUUUCCCUUCACUUGCAUUACAGGCUCCUAGUGGCAGUCAUAUGUUGUUCCUGAAAAGUGAGGGGCCAUCUUGACACCGAGCUGUAAUUCUGUCGCCUGAGAAAUUGUCAUUCGCUUCCACUUCACCUGCCCAGGCCAUCUACCAUGCUCUAUAUACUGUCUCGGCCUUUCAAAUAAUGUCUCCCGGUGCAACUGCCUUGCCCAACGCAUCUGGCUCCUCGGUCGGUAUGCACCGAGGGAGCGUUGGCGGGAUGCCACUCGCAGGCGCGCGAUCGAGUUGGACGGCCUCGGCCUCAAAUGGCAAACCCUUACCCAGCACUGGGGGCAGACGAGCACGGUACCCAUAUAUUAAAGACCUUCAGGACCAAGCUGCCCGUUUAGAAGUGGAUGAAAAGAGUCCGAUUAUUCACCUCCUAUCAAUCGCCACCGAAACCCUACAGGCAAGUCAAACGUUAAUCGAUCAAGGAGAUAUUGGAACAGCCUAUGUUCAGUUUCUGCGCGCCUCUGAAAUCACUCUUAAUACCAUUCCUCGGCAUGAGGGCUUCGGGGUUCUCGCCGUUGAUCAUCCUGAAUUGUACAAGCAAUUCUCGAAUUUGAUGCUGUCGAUAGGUCAGAAACAGUCCACUAUGGACGCUAUCAAACAGCGCAUCAUCGAAGACAAUUUGGCAAGCAAUACAAGCCCUAUGAACUCAGUUGUUAACGGCGGUAUUCAAGUGCAAAGUCACAAGGCGGUGAAUCUGCAGAUUUCUGCAGGGCCACUCAGAAUGCCAAGUCCGACGGACUUUCAGGCGAACGGAAAAUUGCCCCAAUCUAAUGGUGCUACGAGACCAAACGGAAGAAGAUCGACAACAGAUGAUAUACUUGCACAGCGGUUCGCCAGGUUACAAACAUCACAGAACUUAUCACCUGCCAACCAAUAUGUAACAAACCAGGCCAAUUCUAUUCCAACCACAUCUCCUCCAUCCAGCACGCUUUCCAAUCAUUAUCCGCAGACCUCGGCACCAUUCACAGAAAACACGAUGAACACUCUUUCCAGCACGGGCGCUCUACGACCUUUAGGCCCGCGUGCUAUCGGAUCAUCUCAACAUGCGCCGGUCCCGCCGCGCAAGCAAGUUUUAGAUACUAGUACCGUACCGAUGCCUAGAGCUCCAAGCCCUGCUUACAGUCCUAUAUGGUCCGUACCAUCGCAGCCACCACCAUCGAAUCCUCCGCGUACGUCAAGUGAAAGCUCUCGGGCAACAAAUCCAAGAUACUCCCAACUUUCUGGGUCGAGAUUGAGCAGUCCGAGUCGUUAUUCUGAAGAUGACAACCCUUACAGAUCACGUACUCCCAAUGGAAUUCAUCUUGCUCAUGAGAAUAAGAGUACUUCGAAAGAUCUACCCUACAAUACGACCAUACGGGCUCAGCAACUACUUGAGUAUAUGAGAAAAUACAAUGUAUUAGUGAUAGAUGUGCGGUCUCGUGAUCACUAUGACAGCGGACAUAUUUAUGCCACAUCAAUUAUAUGCAUUGAGCCAGUAGUUUUAAAAGAAAAUGUUUCAGCAGAAGAAUUGGAGGAACGACUGGUGGUUUCUCCAGACCACGAGCAAUCUUUAUUUGAACGACGCAAUGAAUUCGACCUCGUCGUAUAUUAUGACCAAAACACGGAUUCUGUCAGUUAUCUCGCCGGGUCCCCAGUUGGCACAACAGCACCUCACUUGAGAGCUCUCUACGAUACUUUGUAUGAGUUCAAUGCUUACAAGCCUUUGAAAGAUGGGAGACCUCCCGCGUUACUUGUUGGGGGUCUUGAUGCUUGGGUGGAUUUAGUCGGAUCCCAAUCACUGGCCACCUCUUCCACUGCGGCCGUAAUGGGCUCACUACAAGCCAAGCGUCCUCUUCCGAAACCAGGAAGACCUCUCGGUAGGGUCCCAAUGGCCAGCGCCAAUUCUAGUUUGGAGAUUCGGAAGCGGCGCCUUCGCGAAUUUACACCUCUCAAUCCUGAUGAAUGGACAGCAUGGAUGGAGCGUACCAAGAACGAGGAGAUUAUUGCAAACACUUACGACGAAGAAGAUGGAACUAUAACAGAGGAGCCUGAAGACAGUGUAGAUGCACAAGAGCCUCCGUCUCCAUUCGUGCAUACUUACGAGGAUUUUCUCAGACGAUUCCCCGAGCCACAGGCUAUUCAACAGUCGAUGGUGGUACCAGAACCGCGCCUAGCUAUGCCGUCAGUGCCAAAUUAUGUUGCUGCUCCUGUACCAGUGGCUCCAUCACGACCACCACCUGCAGUGCCACGACCGAGUUACGGGGGGGUUGCAGAUGGCCGUCAGAUACAACCAACUCUCGCUCGUCAAAACUCUGCAACUAAAACGGCCCUGUACACACCUAGUUCAUUAAUGACGAGACUAAAGCUUCCACGGACAGGACUCACAAACUUCGGCGUAACGUGCUACAUGAACUCGACUCUACAAUGCUUGAGUGCGACAAUAGUGAUGAGCAAAUUCUUCAUUGAUGAUAGAUACCGAUUCUAUGUUCAGAAAAACUGGAAAGGUUCACAGGGUGUAAUGCCCGGCUUAUUUGCCAAUUUGGUUCGCUCACUCUGGAGGAAUGAUGUGGAAGUCAUCGUGCCUACUUCAUUUCGCAAUUUUUGUGGGAGAAUGAACCGAGAAUGGGCAAUAGAUCGCCAACAGGAUGCAAAAGAAUUCUUUGAUUUUGUUGUCGAUUGUCUGCAUGAGGAUUUGAAUGUCAAUUGGCAAAGGUCUCAACUUCGGCCGCUGACUUUUGAAGAGGAAAUGCAACGAGAAAAAAUGCCCGUUCCAAAAGUAUCCAAUAUUGAGUGGGAUCGAUACCGCCAUCGCGAAGAAUCUUUUAUCUCCUCACUGUUUGCCGGUCAACACGCAAGUCGUCUACGGUGUACAACUUGUAAGCGGACGUCGACCACCUAUGAGGCUUUUUAUAGCAUCAGCGUUGAGAUACCUCCCACGGGAACCGGUGAUAUUUAUCAAUGUCUGCAGAGCUAUUGCAAGGAGGAAAUGCUAAGCGGGGAUGAGGUUUGGAAAUGCCCUUAUUGCAAAUGUGAGCGGGAGGCAACAAAGCAGAUUAUUAUCACCCGAGCUCCCCAGAUUCUUGUGGUCCACUUCAAGCGCUUUUCUGCAUCCAAGACGCAGUCGGCGCGCAAAAUACACACCCCCAUUAACUUCCCCCUUCACGGCCUGCGCAUGGACAACUUUGUGAUUCCUUACCCAGCGGCCAACCCAGACCCAGCGAAUGCAUCUAGUGCGCCAGCGCCGGUCGCGCUUUCACCCACCAUGCCGCCAUUUACAUACGAUGCAUACGCGGUGCUGCGCCAUCUCGGCUCGACCUUGAGCGGAGGACACUACAUCUCGCUGGUCCGGGAUGCACAGCGCCAGUGUUGGCGGCGGUUCGACGACGAACGAGUAAUUGAUUUCAACCCCCGAGAUCUUCGACCUUCCGAUCGGCUUCAGAACGAACAAGCAUACAUUGUAUUUUACGAGCGUGUUCCUGCUAAGUGAGGGACUAGUUGCAGUUAUCUUUGGUGAUGGAUAUCAAACUGAGAUGAUUUUGGAUAGCGAAGAUUCAGCGCGCAUUGACUUAUAUACCCUACUUUCAUGUAUACAAUCACCACAGUCCGGUUCUAGGAAGCCACUAUUUACUGCUGGAACGAGGUCGUGGGGUUUCAUGUAUAGACGUGUUACGAUAUUACGAUUGAUGCAUUUGUUUCGGAAUGGAGCACUCUAUGCUUUGCAGAGUUCAGCAUAUAUAUAUAUUGAUAAAUUUAACGCUUAAGCCAGAUGCCAGUG